AUGCGCGCCCAAUCCUUCGCCGCCUUUCUCUCCCUCUCCCUCUUCUCCCUUACCACCUCCGUCGUCGCUGAGCAGAGCGGCCUCAAAAUCGAGAAGACUCAUGCCGUCGAAUGCAACCGCCGCAGUGCGGUCGGUGAUGUCCUCUCAAUGCACUAUCGCGGCACCUUAGCCUCCGACGGCUCCCAAUUCGACGCCAGCUACGACCGCGGCCAGCCAUUGGUGUUCACCGUUGGCAAGGGCCAAGUUAUCGCAGGAUGGGACCAAGGCCUGCUUGACAUGUGCGUUGGCGACAAGCGCAAACUCACCAUCAGCCCCGAGCUGGCCUACGGCGAGCGCGGCAUCGGACCCAUCCCUGGCGGGGCCACUUUGAUCUUUGAAACAGAGCUGGUAGACAUCAAAGGACCUGGCCUCGAAAACAGUGGUGGUGGUAAGGGUGGUAAUGGUGGUACCCUGUACCUGUGGUUCCUGAUAUUUCUUGUGUUCGGGGGAGGAUAUGCCUACUGGAGACGGAAUGGGUUUUGCGGGUUGUCCGGCCGCGGGGCGUAG